CCUGUACUCUAACUACAAUACCCAUUUCCGAACAAACACAGCGUUUCUUCGUUCAACUUGGCGAUAAAUUCUCGCAAAUUACCACGAAGCUAUCAUCCAGACGAAAAUCAUCUCAACUUACGCGGGAUUCUUAUAAGUCGCGGUGAUUACUCUUGAUUCCCAAGUCUUCAAAUCUAUCUGACAACGUCCUCUUUUAGACCAUGUCUUACUAUCAGCCCGAUAUACAGAACAGCGAGGAACUCGCUGCUAUGUUUUCUCGCAACCUAACAUUACAACCACAGCCAGUUCAGCCAGUUCAACCGCCCCAAGAGGCGCCAAGAACGCAGGAGCCUGAACCGCAAAUAUCAUACUCGAUUUCUCAACACUACCACCAUUCUGCUCAUGUUGCUCAUCAGGAUGAGCCACCAGUUGAGGUUCAGCGGCCGUCGUCGGAACCGCCACAGACUCAGCAAGCAUAUGUCGAGGCUAUCUUAAGAUCCCAUGGCAUUGACCACACGGCACUUUCCGCGGCGCAAAUGGAGCUCUUUAAGACUGCCGAGGACGCUCAGAAGUUGCGUCUCAUCGAACUGUGGAAGAUUUGCCCUCCCACAAACAACGAAAAUAGUUCCGCCCUUGCUUGGACUAAUACGACUGUGGAACGAGAAGAGAUCCUCGCCCAGCUUCGCUACGAGCAAAGACAAGCAGAAGAGGAGCAGAGAAACUCGAUGAUGUCAUUGGAUGGCACGCCUCUGACGCCAGUUCAGACUGGAGACGGCCGGUGGGUAGCUAUAUCGGAUGUGGAGCCCUACAUGAUGUCCGGGUACGAGGCUUUGGCUCGACGAGAGUAUGAGCAGUCCGCCAGGCAGGAGUACGAAGAUUCCAUGGCGAGACCUAAGGAUGUCUAUAGCCAUUUCGGCACGGCAGUUGGCGGUCCCACAUAUCGUCCGGCGACGGAUCCGGUGUACAACAAUAGCAAUUGGGUCACUCAGCAACAAGCCAUGGAGAACCAAUACGGUGCUUUCCAGCAAAUGGAUAACAUGGAGCUAUAACUCUAUCUGUACAU